GCCGUCAGUCUGUGUGGGAGUCUCUCAGCUGAUAAACACGUGGCAGCAGUGAGACCUUGGACUUUCUCCAUUACGUAACAGGGAGCAGUGUGCACGGUUGCAGUAACGCGCCCUCCGCCUCAGUAACACCGCGACGCUCCCUGGCUGCUGCUUCACCAUAAAGCGGAGACGAGUGAUUGUUGACGGUCCCUAAAGUUUCUGAUGAAAUCUCUAACCAGAGCUAAAGACAGACAGACCGACACACGGAAGCGACACGGCGGUUAAAAUCAGACUUUAUUAGCUAACACCGGAACAUUGUUAUCACCGGAAGGAGGUAAAACGGUGUAACCUCGAUAACGAAGCCAACGGAUCGUGUUUUUGGAUCAAACAUUUUGAAUCCGCUCCGGUUAACUGACCGCUAAGCUAGUUAGCUUCUCCUGCUAAGCUAACCUGCUAGUCAGCGCCACCGGCCGCCGUUGGACGCCGGAGCAGAUCCCGCCGCCGCCGCCGCCGCCUUCUUCACGGACAUUGAAAGCAGACAAAAUGGCUCUUCUGUCGUCGUCACACCGGGAUUCAUCUUCACACCGGGAUUCCACCGUGUUUACCGUCGUCACAAAGUUCUCCACCAGAAAGAAGUCCAACCACCACUCUCAGAGGAGCGCUAACGGUGUCACGGACAGUCUCCCCCGGGUUCCCUGUGUCUGCGCUGGCGGCUGUGAGAGCCAGUCGGUGUAAAAGACCAUGUUUGACUAAUUAAUCACUUGUGUGUGUUUGUGAGUAUUGAUGGAUAUUAAUGAGAGCUCGUGUUGAGUCGCCGCUGCCUCCCACAGUCUGACAGCUGUCACGUGUCUCACCUGCUGCUCAGGUAAUGUCACAAAUUUCACAUUUUGCACUUUGGAGUUUUCGGAAAUGUUCACCAGUAUGAGCGGGGAGGGACAUUUAUCCGGCGGGCAGAGCUCGUCCUCUCCGGCCGGGCGGGGACUCGCCUCUCCUGGGCUUGACAGCCAGGAAAGCUCGUGGAUCGGCCUGCUCUCCAGGCCCGCGCUGUCAUUUCUGCAGAGAUAUCUCCCGGGGCGGCCCCGAGCCCCGGCCCGGGCUGAUACGGGAGCCGGCUGGGUUAAAACCAGCUUCGUUGAUGAGGAGAGUGAGUUUUUGAGACAGCUGGACGGCAUGAUGCCGCUGCAGCACGCGGCUCCCCACCUGACCGUCCUGCGGUGUCAGCACGACGGAGCCGCCGGCCUGCUGGAGCCGAGCGGCGGCAGCACUUUACCGUGGCUCAGCGCUGACUCUCUGCGGGAGAUGGGGAUCCAGAGCGCAGAAGAAAUGGAUUUAAAUCUGUGCCAGCAAACUCAGAUCGGAUACCUGUCUUCUGUCAGGACUUUUUUCAGUCAUGUUCUGUUGAGCUCGGUGUCAUCUCAGGAAAUUAAACCGACAGGAGGGAAGGACUGGGAGCCGCUGGGGCGCUCGAUGAAGAGCAGGACGUGGUGGGGCAGCUUGUGGGGGGGCGAGGAGAGCUCACACAGAGGGCUGAUGUCAGACCUGUCCUGGGCUGAGGACGGGACCGGCACAGGAAGGCUUUGUCCUCAACAACCGGUGACUGAAACAAAAGCUCCCGAAACAACCGAUGUGUUUGUCCAGAGUGGCGGUGGAGGGUGGACGCUGGGAGAAAACACUGGACCGACUGACCACAAAGAGGAGCCGGCGAACAAUGGAGGCCUUCAAACAGUCCAGAACACAGAGGGCUCCACGACGGAGCGCCGGCUCAGCAUCAGUACCCACCUGAGCAGGUCAGGAGCUGCCGCCGCCUGCAGUGAGGUGGCACUGCUGACCCCUGAUCAGGACAAUGGUUACUCCAGUCUGGAGGAGGAACACUUCCAGGUGUGCCACCUGAACAUGGUGAAGGCCCUGAGUGAAGAGCAGGAGGCCGAGUCAACAGAAAGUACUGCCGCCACCGCCGCCACUGCUGCUGUCACCAUCGAGACGGAAAUGGAGGAGGAGACUUCAGAGGAGGGAGCGUCUGCAUCAGGACAGGUGGACAAGGAAGAGAGGAUGCAGGAAGAGGAGGAAGAGCAGGUCGCGGCCCCUCAGGAGGAUCAGGCCACAGCCCUCACCACCCCUCAGUGCCAGAAUAAAGCCAUAGCCUUCAUCAUGGGCUGCCCCUGCAGUGAUGAUGAUGACGACGACAGCAGCCAAUCAGACGAGGAGUCCAGUGAUGACGAAGAUGAUGAUGAUGAUGAUGGCUUUGACAGCGAGGGCUCGUCUGAUCUGUCCGAUUCAACUGAUGAAGAUGAUGAAGACGAUGAUGAAGCCUCUGACAGCGAGGCAGACUCUGAGGCGGAGCGCCUGUGGAACUCACUGUGCCAAACGGUGGACCCGUACAACCCCCGAAACUUCACUGCCCGGCUGCGCACCGCCAGCACCCCGCCCAGGACCAUCCCCACCCCCACGCCUCCUUCGUCCACCCAGUCCACCCCCGCCUCCUCUCCUGACCCUCCCUCCACCCUCGGAGCCUCCCCUCUCCUCACCUCCUCCUCCCCUCCAUCCGGCCAAGACGUCUGGGACGACUCCACCUCGGCCAGCGAGGUGGACGAAGCAGAAAGCCUCCGCCUGUGGAGCUCCUUCAGCUGCUCCCCGGACCCCUACAGCCCCUUUAACUUCCAGGCCCCACUCAGGACUCAAGGGCCCGCCGAGGCAGGGCCCAGGGCCAGGACCAGGGCUAAGAAGGGCUCCCAAACCCUCCCUCGCUCGCCCCGCCAUAACCCAGCAUUUCCACCCGAGUACAGGAAGGAGGAGGCUGAGGAGAGGCUGGACAGCGGCUUCUCUGAACCCUCCACCUCCUCCACCCAGAGCUGCAGCACCACCAAAAAGGUUCGUUUCUGUGAUGAUGUGGAGGAGUUCUUUGCCAGCUGUGGUGAGGAGGAGGAGGACCGGCGGGGCCCCUGGGAGGAGCUGGCCCGGGACCGCUGCAGGUUCCUGCGCCGCUGCCAGGAGGUGGAGACGAGCAUCGCCUACUGCCUGCAGCCGCAGCACCGCAGCCUGGUGUACCGCCGCCUCACCUCCCUCCUCUACGUCCAGGACGCCUGAGGACCGUCAGUCCUCUACGUCCAGACGUCCAGGACGCCUGAGGGUCGUCAGUCCUCUACGUCCAGACGUCCAGGACGCCUGAGGACCGUCAGUCCUCUACGUCCAGGAUGCCUGAGGACAGUCAGUCCUCUACGUCCAGGACGCCUGAGGACCGUUAGUCCUCAACAUCCAGGACGCCUGAGGACAGUCAGUCCUCUACGUCCAGACGUCCAGGACGCCUGAGGACCGUCUGUCCUCCACAUCCAGGACGCCUGAGACGUCCUUGUAGUUCAACACCUGUCGUACUGAGGAAAUGAAAAGCUGCACUUGUUAAGCAGUGAGACACGACAAAGACACAGAGGACAGGUGGACAGACUGACUGAUGUCUUCUUCCUGUUUGGUGUCUCUGUGGACUGAAACCUGAUUCAGGAGCGACUCCUUUAGUAAACCUGAUCUGAAGGGCUUUACUCUCUGUUCUCUGAGAGGUCGUCACUGUGUCGUGGUCGGACAGCGUCUCCUUUUUAUUUUCAGUUUGUCCUCGGGAUCGUCCCGUUCACAGAGACACAGAGACGAGCUGCUGCUUUCAUCACAGAUAGAAAAAGAAAAUGUAUUAAAUGAAUGUUGAGGGGUUUUUUUUUCCUCGAACGUCAGCUUCAGCAGUCGACACCAGAGAAGAUAUUUCUCACGUCUGAUUCAUCUGUAGAAUAAUUUGGCAUGUCAUUAAUUUAUCAUGGUAAAAUAGUGACAGAUAGCUGCUGAGCUCAGCGCCCGUCCUCCAACAGAAACACACACCUGGUUGAAAAUCAGCAGAGAGUCUCAGAGUGUAAGACGACAUCUUGUUUCCAGGAAAUGUUUAUUUUUAAUUUAGAGAAUUUUCUUUGUUUAGAAAGUCUGAAAACAGUGAAUCAGUAUUAAAGAUGUGGACGGAUGAUCUGCAGCUGGACUCACAGGAGAUGAUCGUUGAUGUUUCAGCUGAAUCACACUGAGGUUUGUUAGUGAUUUGAAAGCAGCAGCGUCUCCUGUGUCUCGGUGUAAACUACUGAUCAGCUGUGGGUCAAACUGCAGAUGUUUGAGUUUUCUCUUUAAAGCCAAAGAUUUAAAGCUCCUGUGAGCGACGGGACGAGAAACUGAAGCUGAUCGAUUUGCAUGAAUUGAUCUGUUCCUCUACCUGCUCUCACAUAAUCAGUGAUAAUCAAUACACAGUGUUUAGCCUCUAAUAAUCAGUAUAUGAGUCCCUGGUGUUAAAGUCCCUUUAAUGAGUCACCUCCAAGACGUCAGCUGCGUCGCUGACACCUGAAGAAGAAGAAGAAGAAGAAGAAGAAGAAGAGAUGAACUGAGUUUAUUCUGUCAGACUUCAGCUUUUAUUAGAAAACAGACAAAAUGAUCAUUAAAUUAAGAACAGAGAUUAUUAGUGUUUUAUAUCCAAUCAUCAUUCAUUUGACUAAUAACUAAAGAAUCAGUAAUCAAUAACAAUCAAUUCAUCACUUUAUUCUGAAAUUCAGCCACACCCUUCCUCCACAGGUGAACGCGUCACAUCGACCGCCACUAACUCUUAUUUUUAUUAAUUAAUGAGUUCAUAGUGAUGAAUGGGUAAAAUGCAGGAUGAUAACAAACAGAUCAUUAAUGAUGAUGAUGAUGAUGAUGAUUGAAACCUUUCAUUCAUCUGUUGAUCUCAAACUGACCGACUGUCCUCAGAUCUGCUCUUUAUUUAAAAAAGAAAAACUUUAUUAAACUGUUGGUCGAGUAAAACUUAAAAUCAGCAGAACAAGAAUCCAAACAAAGGCUGUGUGAAGGUUGAAAUGUCCGAACAUUAACGCUGUCACGAACCUUCCUCACACUGUAUUUGUGAUUCAGUUUCCUGUGAUGUCACACAGGUGAAACUUCCUGUUGAAGGAUUUAAUGAGAAACAGACUGACGUCAUGUCGCAGGUGAAGCUCGUGCCACUGAUGAUGAUGGUGAUGGUGAUGAUGUCAGUUAUUAAUGCUGAGUCAGUGUUUGUCCUGUUGUCGUCAUGGCGAUGGACUUUCAUUAUACAGGAAGUUAAAAACAGACUCAAGAGUCUAUCGUGUGUGCGUGUUGUCAAACACAGGAAACGUGUGAUGGCUGUUUGGUGUUUGUUUCUGUCAGCUGACUAAUAAUCAAUAAUCAGAAGGGAAAGCUGGGGGGGGGGGGGGGGGGGCAGGAUGAACCUUUGGUGUUCUUUUAGUCAGAAAAUGCUUUUUAUUUUUCUAAUGCAUCGUUUGUUUGGUGGGUAACAGGUUCUGCUUCUUCAUUUCCUCAACUGAAUAUUACAUAUUAAAUCAAUAUUUAAUGAGCAC